GUUGAGACAUUGACAUUGCACAUGAUAAACCUUCAGCAAUGGUUUAUAUAGUUAAUAUAUUGACAAUUUUUGUAACAUUGGUAUGUGCAGAUACAUCAAAAGAAUCUCCUAUUAUCGGCUCAGCACGAGAUGCGUUAAAGUUGCUAAAAGAUCAGAGCGGAACCGAUCACAAAUAUACCUAUGAAGUCCCUAAAGGGACCGUAAACAAUGACACUUUUUUUCAUGAGUAUUUUGAGUAUGGAAGAGAAGUCGGUGACGAAUCAUUAAACGGUAAUUUAACUCAAAACCAAAAUGGAUUUUUAAUCGAAAUAUCGGAUGAAUCAUCCGUGUUUUUCAAUAUUGACGAUAUUGAGCAAUAUGGUGCUACUAAUUUUGAUAUACCGUAUGGACCUUUGAGACAAAUAGAAACAGACUGUUUUGCUGAGGUCGAGUCAAAUUGGACCAAUCUGCAACUGAAAGCUUUUGCAGUUUUAGAGAAGCUGGCUAUCGAGGAGGAUAGUGAGGCAUUAAGAAUAUUAGGAGAUCUUUGCACGUUUGGUUUCUUCAAUACAAAAGUUGAUUUAGAUAGGGCAAAAGCUUACUAUGGGAAAAUAUUAGAAAUUGAAAGUGAUACCAAAACUGAAGCGCAUGCACAUUUCAUGUUAGGAGUCUUUUAUUCUACAGGUCUAUUCGGGAAAACAGAGAAAAACCAACCCAAAGGAUUAAUACAUUAUCGAUUCGCUGCAGACUUGAAUAAUUCACAGGCGCAAAUGGCAUUAGCCCAUAAAUACAUGUUUGGAGUAAACGUGGCCCAAGAUUAUGAAACCGCUAUUUAUUACUUUUCAUUGGUUUAUCAAAAAGCUGAAGAAUAUUUAGAACCUUUCCGCACUGAGAUUACCAAAACUACAACAGAUAAUCAAAACAUAACGGAAAGGCUACUGAUAUUUGAGCCUAUUUUAGAUAAAUUCAGUGUGCGAUGGUCCGAUGUGGAUGGUGGAUUGUAUGAUAGUUCUUCUGAAGCUGUCAAUACAGUUCGCUAUUUUGAGACUUUUGACAGCUACGACAAAAUCAAAACAUAUGGCAGUGGAAACUUUAACCAUGAAGAAUUUCCUGAUGGCGACGAUGAAACUCUUGAUGCAUACAGCAUGUUAUACUUUGCAGCCCAAAAAAAUUACAACGGAGAUUACUUACAUGCUAGAAAUUUUGACUUAUCAUUCAAAUACGCUAAAACUUGUGUGCACAAUGGAUUUUUGGAACCCGAAAUAGAUGAACUACUAAAGGGAAAAGAUCAAAAUAAUAAUAUUGCAUAUAGCUAUGAAAGUCCAAACUACUCUUUUAAUUUCAAGCUUGGAAUAGAUCAAGAAGUGUCACCGCUAUCAAUAUUUGUCGGACGCUGCUCUCAAUACCUAGGACAUCUGUAUCUACGUGGUCAGGGCACCGAGGUAGAUUAUCAAAAGGCAAAAUACUAUCUUGAAGUUGGAAGAGUAUUAUCAGGCUCAGAUACAUUCAUCAACGACAUUGCGUUAAUGAAUCAAUAUGGUUUAGGAGUACCUAAGGAUAUAAUUGGAGUUUCUCGUAUGUAUUCGGAAAAACAGAGGAUGGCUCCUUCUACAAAGUACUAUAAGGCUGUUAGUUUAAUUGAAUAUUGGAAUGAAAAUAUGAAAGGGGACGAAGUAAAUAUUAUCACCAAUGACAUUUAUUUAUUGCUUACUUCAUCAGCUACGUACAAUAAACUUGCUCGAAGAAAGCUAAUUGAGUUAUAUGAAGGGGGUAGGAUGAAUAAACCUUUGGACAUUAUAGUUGGGUACUACAACUGGUAUCUGAAAAUAUUUGAAUCGAUGUACUUUGACUUUAAGAUCCCAUUUUUUGCUUUUUUGAAUGCGAAGGCUGAUGAUACAACGUCCAACAAUAUGUGGACAGCGUUAGUGGGAAUGGCAAUAGAAAGUGAACUAGGUUAUGAAGCUGCACAAUCCUCGCUGGGGAGUAUUCUUUAUCCCAGGGUGGGCCCUUACCAAUCCAAAAGUGCUCGAAACUUGCCUACGGUUUAUUCCAAAAUUUACACUCCAAAAAGAUUCCAUGAGGCAAUCUCAUAUUUUGAGCUUAGUGCACUGCAUGAUAAUCGUGAUUCAAUAAAUAUGUUAGGUGACAUGUACUACGAGGGUCUAAACAGUGUUCCUGGAGCAGAUGAUCCAAUGUGGAGAAAUAAUUGGUGGACAUACGUGUUACCUGUUACGGAAAUUUCUGAAAAACCCGAUAGCUUUCUAUUUUCUGCAAUCGAACUCACAUUUAACAGAUUACAAAACUUGACUCGAUUUUUCAAAAUGAAGUUUAAUAGCUUUUUUUUCCCACAUCAAGCUACACCAUUCGAAAGACCAGUUGCGAUUAUUCCAAAAGCUUUAGAUAGAGCGGUAUCAUAUUAUCAAGUUGCCGCAUCGAAGGGGUCUCAAAUAGGAUCCUAUAGUGUUGGAUGGGCAUAUGAGUAUGGAAUGGGAGUGGUGCAAGAUCUGCAUCUAGCCAAAAGGUAUUAUGAUAGUGUAAUGACGAUUUCAGAUGCAGGAUACAUUCCCGUCAAGCUUGCCGUUUUUCGGGUCAAGAUGAAAACAAUUUUGUGGAAUGUUCUUGGAUACGAUGGGAAUGGGGUGGAAUAGAGCAUGGUAGCAAAAGAUUCCCAUAUGAACAAAGGCGAUUUAACGAAACGAAAGGAAAAUUACUGGCCAUUUUCGAUUUUGAGAUUUAUUUUUACUUUUUUUAGAAAUUGCUAAACUUGUAUCUAACAUAUAUAAAUUAAUACGUUUACACUGUGU